CACCCCGUGCGCGACGCGCACAGGAACCCAGCGCAAGAGCAGAAUCCCGAAUACAGCGUCGCUGCUGACCAGGAAGGAAAUUCCAGGCUCGCUCAGCUGCGCCACCAUGACGAAACUCCUGCAGUGGCUCUGGACUCUGUCUAUCCUGGGUGCCGUCUGGGCAGCUCUCACUCUCAACCUCUUGGGGCUCGAUCCGCUGCCCCCAGCCUGGCACCAAGUGCUGUGGCCUCUGCCCACCUACCUGCUGGUGGCCUUUGGCUGCUACUCACUGGGCGUUGUCGGGUACCGCUUGGCCACCUUCAACGACUGCGAGGAGGCAGCAAGAGAGUUGCAGGAGCAGAUCCGAGAGGCCCGGGAAGACCUCUCCCGCCGCGGACUGCGGUUCUGACCCUCCCUGCCACAAGGACUUGAGCACAGCACCCCUGUGGAAAGAAGCAGCCUGUCUGGAGCAAUAAAUAAAAUUUCAGAGAACAUGACCGGGCUCUUUGGUGGCCUGGUGGUGGAUUUUUAAAAGAAUCGAAUCUGCUGGGUGUGGAUUGCAUAGGUGCCGGUGCGAGGCAAGAGAUUGUGAACCAGUGUCUCCCAUAUUACACAUU